UUUCAGCUCACAGACCAAAUUCAACAUGUGGUUAGACACAUUAUACUGGUCUGUGAUUGGUGUUAUCGAUGUUCUUGCGAUUCUUUUCAACGCAUUUCUCAUCUAUUUGGCUUUAUAUCGUACCCCAAAAAUGGUCAGAGUAUACACUACACUAAUUAUUAAUUUGGCUUUUACCGACUGCUGCUCCGCGUUUUUAAACUUUUUUGUUCAACAGAGAAUGAUUCCAACUGCAUUUACAAUUGGAUAUAUUUCAAAUGGAUUCUGUAAAUAUUUCGGGUAUCGAGUUUGUUUUUUCAGUCACAACCUGAUGGCUCAUUUCAUAGUUCAUUCCAAUUAUUCUCUUGUUUUAUCAUUUGCAUAUCGAUAUUAUAUUCUUCGAAAACCCGAACCCCAACGGAAAACUGUUCUUAUAGUUUUAUUUUUGACGUAUCUACCAUCAUUCUUGCAGUUGAUCCUGUAUCAAUUUGCCGAAUCUGAACCAUUGGCAAUCAUUGCACUCCUUCAACCAUAUCACCCAAAAUACAAUUUCACAGGAUUAACAGUCAGCGGUGUUGCCGAUAUUCGAAGUGUUUAUGCAUUGUAUAAAAUUCUACAAAUGACAGUUAUGACUAUUCCGAUUUUCUCAACGAUUUUGUAUUUGAGAAAGAAAAUAAUUGAUAAACUACUCUAUCGCGGGGUCAAUAUUUCCCUGAACACGAAAAGCUUGCAUUCACAAUUGUUAAUGGCUCUAACAUAUCAGGCACUACUUCCAACUCUCUACUCGAUCAACGUUGUAAUGUACGUACUGGAACAGUCUGGCAUCUAUGCUUCUCCUUUUUUCGAGAACUUUAUAAUGUCUGGCUUGGUUCUAAUACCAUUUUUCUCCCCAUUUACUUCAUUUUUCUUCUUUUCUCCUUACAAGCGUAUUGUAUUAAGAAUUUUGAUCAGGAAAUUGAACAAACGCCAAGUUGCCAUGUCAGAGACUGGCCCUGGAAGUUUUCCUAUUUGAGAAUUGUUUAUAAUUUAUUGAAAUUUGUUCCUAGUGAAAUCACCAAAGUUUUUCUCAAAAAAGUUC